AUGUCCCAAAAUAAUUCCUCUCCCGCUCCAAACAUGGAUUUAACGACAGGAACACUUUACACAUAUACUUUAAUACUUACAUUAAUGCAACAAUUUUAUGGGACUAUAGGCUUUGUUUUUGAUGCUUCUAUUGUUUAUGUAACGGUUAAAAAUAAAUCCUUACAUAAAAGUUAUGGUUAUUUGUUAGGAAUAUGUUCAUUCUUUAAUACUUUAAUGGACACUACAAAUUUCCUUCCAACAUUUCUUGUUUUAAUUAAAAAACAAAUUUCAAUGAAAACGUGUUUUUGGUUGCAGGCAUAUGGCUCUGUACUUGAUAUUAAUGCUCCUUUUUGUUUAUUAUUUAUUAGUCUUGAUAGACUUUUGUCUUUUGUUAAACCAACUUUGUAA